AUGAAAUUCUCUACAUCCACUUUGCUAACUGCUCUAACUGCUUCCACUGCCCUAGCUGCUCCAGCUGUCGUUACUGUCACUGAACACGUCCACGAAGACGCUGUUGUCACCGUCCAAGGGUUCGUCUACCAACACGAAGGUGCCUGGACCACCACAUACGUUACUUUAAACGGUGUAGCUCAAAUUGCUACUGCUACCUCAGCUGCCACCACUUCUGCUAAGGUCGCUGCUGUUACUACCAAGGCUGCUGCCGCCACUACCAAGGCUCAAGUCUCUGCUGUUGCCGUUGCAAACGUCCAAAAGGCUUCUUCCUCUUCCAAGGAUGCUGUUCAAGCCGCCUCCCCAACCACUUCUGCUAAGGGUCAAGCUGUCACUGUCACUGCUCCAGGUCCACAUGCUACCGUUCAACAAACCACCACCAUCAAGCCAAGUGUUACCCAACAAUACGACACUACUCCAAGAACUGUCACCAAGACAUCUACUACUACUCGUCCAACUGAAUCUGUCAACCUAUCUGAUUUCGCUUCUUCUAUGUUGUCUGAACAUAACAAGAAGAGAGAACUACACCAAAACACUCCAGACUUGACUUGGUCCGAAACUUUAGCUUCCUACGCUCAAAACUACGCCGACAACUACGAUUGUUCCGGUAACUUGGUCCAUUCAGGUGGUCAAUACGGUGAAAACUUGGCUGUUGGUUACGGUACUACUGGUUCUGUCGAUGCUUGGUACAACGAAAUCUCCAACUACGAUUUCUCCAACCCAGGUUUCUCCUCAAACACUGGUCACUUCACCCAAUUGGUCUGGAAGGGUACUUCCCAAGUCGGUUGUGGUGUCAAGUCCUGUGGUGGUGUCUGGGGUGAUUAUGUCAUUUGCUCUUACAACCCAGCUGGUAACGUUGCUGGUCAAUACGCCGACAACGUCCAAUCCCUAAAAUAA